CCUAGACUCAACGACGCGGUUCUCUGUUCCACUAUCUUUUGUCAACGAUAGAAAUAUUCCGUCCGGGUCGUCGAAGUAGACGAUGCUCUCGAUGUGACCCCUUGGCCAGGAUCCUGUUCCUGGGGCUCAGAUUAAUGCUCAGUACUUGCAUAAUCAAGCCUGCACUAAUUCAAUUCAUAAAUACUCCUUUUCCGAGAUGAGUGACGAUCUUGAUAGAAGCUGGCUCUAUUCAGUAAGGCUCCUAAUAUUAAGCGCGAGGCGGACGUGAUACCGCGAUCCUACGCGUCUCUCCUGAGAUCUCUCAACGACACCACACCUCACACGUUUGGCUGGCACAACGGCGAUGUCUUCCAAGGACGAAACUCUCGAGCUCGUGGAAAAGGCCAUUGAUAACAUUUCUAACAUCCAUAGAGCCCAUAACCUGUUGCGGCGGCUUAGCCGGAAUUCCGAAUCUGUUCGCGACUUUCUAGCCGAAGAGUUAUUGACCACCGAGAGCGAAGUCUACUCAAGCAAUUCCGAAAGUGAGGACGAAGCCGCAUACCGUCCAAGUAAACGCAGGCGAAUUCCCUAUGCGCAUGUACGCUACCAGAAGUGUGCACAGUGUCUCGAGGAGUUCGACAUAACAGACAACACUACCGGGUGUUGUACUUGGCAUGAAGGCGAGCUCGAAUUAGACUACGAAGCUGACACAUGGAUCGACUGGGACGAAUAUGCCCAUGGUCCUAGAGAUACACUACAACACCGCGAGGAAUAUCCGGACGGGUUUACGUGGACCUGUUGCGAUGAACCAGGCGAUGCCGAAGGGUGUGAGAGUGGCAGACAUUCAACAGUGCAUGGCGAACCUCCACAAAAACGCAAGCGGUACGAAUAUGAGGAGCUCCGUGAACAUACUGGUACGCCACUAUCCUUCCAUCACUCAUGCAAUAUGACCCUCGUGUCCGCUAAUGUGCUUGAUAGGCACACUUGAAAUAAAUUGGGAUGCCGACGAGUGGGUGGAUUGGGAUGAGGAUACCAUUGGUCCAAUUGAUUGUACGGAAAACCGGAAAGACUAUCCCAAUGGGUUCAAGU